ACUCACCAUGUUACCGAACCCGAUGAAGCAGACGACAGCCGAGGAGAUACGGAACUCCUCUGCCGUGGAGCUUCUCAGCGUCGCGGGGGAACAUCAUCCAGAGUUACGAGAAUUCGUCUCUACUGUAAUUUUUCCAGGAUGCAAUGUGACUAAAGAGAACCUUCACCACUGUCCGUCUUCAAACAUCACGGCCUCAUGCGUUGGAAGACAGCUGCUGCCAUGCCGUUCUUGGUGUGAGGAAGUGUUCAGCAUGAGUGAAGCCCUGAUGAGGGACCUGCUGCCUCCAUGUGAGCUGUUCCCGUCACCACAGCACGCCUGUUGGAACCCUGAACCAGCAGUGAAAGAUACGGAAGUUUGCUAUCAUGGCACUGGCACAAACUACCGUGGAACAUGGAGUACAACUACUUCCGGGGCAAAGUGUCUUGAGUGGUCAGAUGAUAACUACAAGGCAGAGUACCCCUGGGCUAACCUGGACAAGAACUACUGCCGUAACCCUACCGGUCUGGAGCGGCCAUUUUGUUUAACCGAGGACGGUAGCAAAGAGGAGUGUGACGUCAUCCCGUGCAAUUCCGUUAGCUGUGCAGACAGAGGGCCUCCAAUCUACGGCAAGAGAACUCCGAGCAAGAGGUUCUACCUGUUGGAAGAAAAGGUGACGUACACGUGUAACGACGGCUACAUGCUGGAGUACGGUUAUCCUCGGGAAGUCAGGUGCCGCCAGGGGAACUCCUCGUCCGCCGGCGUCUGGGAAUAUCACAUGCCCACUUGUUCAGUAAACUAUAAGCGACGGCUGCAAAAGGAGCUACUAGGGACCUACAGUGCGAGUCUGGCACCUGACGAAAAUGUCACCAUCAACUUCUGGGGGGAAGUGGAACAAAUCGUCAACUUGGAUGAAAAGAAGGAGCAGCUUCUUGCUUCUUUGAUCAUCGAUUUCACAUGGUAUGACGCUAGGCUGAAGUGGAACCCAAAGUAUUACGGUGAUAUCGAGACAUUCAGCGUUCCUGGCAAGGAUAUUUGGAUCCCAGCAUUCACUCUCAAGAGGAAGUAG